GACAGAUUGCUUCGGUGGAAAACGUUUAAGUGUGGAAUAAUAUUGAUUAGUUUACUUAUAUGAUUGUGUGUUGUGUGUGGGACCUUUUGAGUCAAUGUCUAGGCCCGCCGCGGGCAUAGCAAACAAAGGAUUUUCGAAAUAAAGUAGAGUUAUUCUUAGAAUUACAUACUUUUAUAGAGUUGUAACGCUCUUGAAAAUUUGACUACUCUAUUUUCGUCGUAGUCGUAGCUAGGAUUAGAUUUUCGCAACCCCACCCCCCACAAAAAUAAAGCAAAAAUAUUUAAAAAUCAUCACGAAAAAUAUGUCCAGUCAGCCAAAAUUUCUAAAUAUAAAGGAAAACAUGUCCUCCAGCGUAAACCGUAUACUCAGUCCAGUCUUUCAUAUGCCAGUAAUUAAACUAUUUAAUUGUUUUAUUUUUUUUUUCCUUGUCACUUCCGCAAGGGAUAUAUACAUUACCUUAGAUUUUUUCUCAAAUGUGAACUCUAUGUAUUGAUUAAUUGAAUUUUCAAAUUAUAAAUUAAGGUAGUGAACGCAUUUAUCGUGAGAGCAUUUGUUUUCUGAGCUUUCUUUUUAAAAAAAAAAACAAACACAUCUGUACAUGCUUCCAUUCUUUGCAUUUUCAUUAAAUUGGUUUCCAUGCUAUUAGCUAUUAAACCAUGUAUAAGUUAACUGAAAAUACGUUAUCUCGAGACAAGGAAGUGAAUUAAGAAUGUGACACUGUCGGUGUUAAACUUGGAUUCUAAUGCAAAUAAAGGAGUUGUGAUCAGUGUAGCUCUGAAGCAUUUCAGAGUUAAAAUAAAUCUUAUUUUAACUUGACAUGUAAGUACAUUUUAACUGAAGUCAGCAGCGAUUAAAAUUACGAAAUUAACAUCUGAACAACAAUUCAGAUACCAGGGAAAACAAAAUUGUAGAACAAUACAAAUAAAUGUAUGAAUGUAUUCUCAACUGGCCGAUCUCAUAUUUUAUUGAUCUUAUAGGCAUUAAAACUUUGCUCACAGAUCAUUAUACUAACUAACUGAUUUGUAAAAGUUAACAAUGAUAAUCUACACAUGACUAUUCUUAAUGAGACAAACUGUUCUGUUAAAUUUCAUUUUAAGCAUACUUUAUUUUGAACAGAUUUUAUUUUAAACAAAUUCAACUUUAAAAAAAAAUUCAUUCUAAAUGGAUUUUAUUUUUAAAACAUUUAUUCUUAAAUUUAGGAAACGGUGAAAUUGUAUAAUUAAAUUAUUUUACCGUUUCAAAGACAGUUUCAUUUUCCCAAAGUACAAUUUCUUUUUGAAAUAUUUAGAGGUUGGCCUAAAUAAAGUUUACUUCUUUCAUUUUUUUCAGUUUACAAUUUCAGAUAUACGGUGAUAAAAAAUCAUGACAUUAAUAGUGUCAUGGUCUGUAUUAAUUGUGGUACAGUCCGUUAUAUACAAUUCAGCACAAUGUAAGUUGAAUUUAGCAACAAAACUGAUUUCAUUAAGAAGAGAACAUACAUGAGAAAAUAAUUGUACAGUUUACAAAAAACAAAAAAGUGUAAUUUUGAUGACCUUUUAGUUAAAUGAAUGUCAACUGGUUUCAAAAAGCAUUAUUUUAAAUGCAAUAAUCAUUAAUUUCAUGCAGUGAAAUGUAGGUUCUCUGCUUUUAUUUGGGAGUCAAUUAAUUAUAUAUAUUUUUUAAAAUUUAAAAAUUUUUUUUUUAAAUCUUAGACGUUUAAGAUGCAAAGAUUAUAAUGCACAUUUUUUCAGUGAAUUACUUAUGCAUAAACUAUUAGAUAAAUAAUUUAAUUGCAACAUUUGUCCAUAACAGCAUGUGAUACAACAGACCAUUUUAACAACUGGUUUGAUGCUAACUGCCAGUACAAAUGUCACUGUAAGAAUGAUGCAGCUUGUGAUGUUACCAAUGGUGACUGCCCUAAUGGAUGUGCUAUUGGAUGGUUUGGUCCAGCUUGUCAGUAUGGUAGGUUAUUAUUAAUUAGAAAUCGCCCCAAAACAUUUGAAACUUCAAUUUUGGACGUUUUCCCUGCUCAACAAUGUCAAAAGUACUACAAUUUGCCCCGAACUAACUCCCCAGACACUCACACUGACCUUCCUUUGUAAUAUUAACAUAUUAUCCGUUUCUAGAACAUUGUAUUCUGAUUUUUAAUGUAUAAUUAUAACUCAUAACGUUGUAAAAAAAAAAAUUUUCCCCAAAUAUUUACGAAUAUAUCUGCGUGCUUCCCAGAAAUCACACAAUCUAAAUAAGAACUAAUUUAAGUUUCUGUUAUGAAGAAGAAGAGUUCAAUGAAUGGCUGUUUUUUUUUACGCUAGAGAAAGAAUUUAAUGUAGAUGUCUGGUGUUUGAAUUGUUUUAGUUGGAAAAUGUCAGAUUUAUUAAAAUAUAAUUUUAUUUAUGUGCUGGAAAUAUAUGCGCAAUGUAAUAAAAAUAUUUCCAUUUGUUUGGAUCAAUAAAAGAAUAUUUUCUGAUAAUAAAUCAACACAUAUCCCAACAUUACCUAAACCUCAUUUCUUCCUUAACCCACCAAUUCGUUUUAACUUCAGUUUGUCCGUGUCCCGUUAACACUCAAACUCUACACAGUUCUCAAUUUUUUCUAAUCUUUCCACCAUAACUGACUGCUUCUUUCAAUAAUUCAGAAGGUAUUUACACAAUAGUACAUUUUAUAAAUAAUGCUUCCAUCUAAUAAACUCCUGGCUACUUAUUAAAAAUAACUUAAGAAUAAAAGUAAUUUUAAGAUUUUUAAAAAAAAAGUGUAACUUACCUUUCACAAAUGUAAACAGCAAACAAAAGUCACAAUUUAAAAAAAAAAAUACUUGAAAACAAAUUUAAACUUUUCAUGAUAGAAUUAGAGAAACCAUGUUGUAAUUAUGUCACUUCUAUUAUCCUUAUACCAUAAGAUUUACAGCACUAAUAUUUUUUAAUAAUUUUCUCCUGUCAUUGUACCUGGGCCUAUAUGCAAUACUAUAUAUACCAGCUUUUAAACCCGACGCAUUUAUUUCAAUUCAUUUAUUAUCUCUUAUCAUUUGAUUCUGGAACCCCUCGUGUAACGUAUUGUAGUUAAAGCGGUUAAGUGAAUUUCAUUUGCUUACAUUUUAGAAACCAUAUACCGACAGAGAUGAGACUAAAAAGUCUAUAUGGAAGCCAUUCUUUAAAUUGUAUUUUAAUUUUAUUUUCGAAAUUAAUUUGUAUGUGCUGGAACUUGAGACCAAUCCCAUUUUUAUAUCUUAAUUAUAUUUUUAAAGUAGAUAUAUUUUCAUGCGUUGAGUCAAAGUUGAACUACUUCUUAAGCUGUUGUCUGCUUUUUCAAUACUACCUUUAAGAAGUUCUGCCUUAAAAUACCUUGCUGUAAUAUGAUGAGGCAGCUUUUGUGUAAUCUAGUGGAUUGGUCAAUUGCGUCAGUCUUGUAAUUAAUGAGAUGAAAUUGAAAUAAAAUUUAAGAACGAUAAUGUGCUUGACGUAGCAUUUUUUCUAAUUAUUUUUUUCAAUUAAUAAUGGUAAAGAGUUUUUAAAAAAUUCAGUCUGAAAUUAAAAACAUGGCCAGAAUGAAGAAAGAACAAUCAUACUUUAAAACUACUACAAGUUUCACUCAUGGUAUUAACUGUGUGGGCUAUCCUUGUAGACCAGGGGUCGCCUAAGACCAUAAGUAAACACAUAUUUAUGAAACAGAAACGAAAAUAAAUGUAUGUUUGGGUGUCACCACAAAAUGAGCAAUUGUAUUGAAGGGUCGUGGUAUUAGAAAACUUUAGAACUACCGCUGUAGACUUAUAAACAUGAUCUGCUGCCUAGCACUCUUCAUACUUUUCUAGGGUGGUAGCGUUAAGAUAUCGUAUCAGCAUUGUCUUUUCAUCCAGACCUAGUAAUUAUGACUUCUGGAAAUCUUUUCAUGGGGUCAAAACAAUUGAAGUCGUGCAAUUUUUUGUUAUUUGCAAAAGGUCAUAUCUUAUUCUUAUCUAUCACUUUGUGGAAUUUCAAUUAACCAAUUUGAGCUUAACCACACCCUCUUUUUUUGUAUUAUGAAUUUGGUAUAUAUUUAGUUUUACUCCAGGGUGAGUAUGUUUGUACAUCCGGCGAAAUCGAUUGGUAACUUAUUGCUCGUUUAAACUAAUUUAUUGUUUAGUGUGUUGUACACGGUUCAAAUAAUGAUGAUGGAUAUCAUGUUUGCACAAUGUACAUUUAAUCGCUGAGGCAUACAUCACACGUUUAAACAGGUGUCAAGAUGUUUCAUUCUGUUAUCAAUUUUGUUCAUGCAAUAUUUAGCUUCAUUUGUGUUAGCUUUUUAAUUGCUCUGGCGUCUGAGCAUUCAAUAGAAAUAUUAUGAAUAUGUCUCUUCUUGUUUUAUUAUAUUUAAUUCCGUACACUUUUUUUUUUUCAUUUACAUUUCAUGAAUUUGAUCUCAAACUCUAGACAUAGUCAGGUAAGUUAUUGUGUUUAUUUUACCUUCUUGUUAUCUUGUUUUUGUUCUCUAGAAGAUUAAUCCUAUAACACCUAAUAAAGUGUCAUCUUAAGGCAUUGACACAUAGUACAGUUUCCCAAGUGCUGACGCUUCUAAGGCCACACACUUCAAAGCCACACAUUAUGCCUAUAUUGUUGAAAAAAUAUUUACAUAUCUUUUGACAAUUUGAUUUAAUUUGAAUUUGAAAGGUUAUUAAAGCAUGUUUAACAAGUGUUUGUGGCAUUCAUAAUCGAUUUUCAAUUCAUUUAAGAUGUUUAGGUCUUUAUUUAAGAGUUUUUGUAAUAUUGCUUGUAAUCUAUUGUAGAAUGUUUCUUUUUCUUCUUCUUUGCUAUCAUAGGUGGGUGCGCAAUACUGUAUUAUUUUGAUCUGUAUUUUGCUUUUCUUUGUUCGGAAAGUUGCUUUGAAAAACACGCUUCAUCAUUCAUCCCCAAAGCCUCGAAGCAUGGUACACAGUCUAGUAUAUUAAACGGGAAAUUAAAUAAUCUAUAAUAUACCACAUUGAAAUAUAAAAUGCAACAUUGCAAAAACUAUUUACGAGAAUACACACUCUAUGUCUUUCAAACCUAACAACCAUAAACAACACAGGGCAAUACACAUCCACAAGAUAAUAGCUAGACAACAUCAUCCCAGCAGUUGUUUGCGAAAUAGAUCUGCCUUAAAAUCAGUUUUUAAAGACUCAUGUGACUGGCUGUUUCUAAGAGCGACAGGAAGGGUGUUCCAAAUUAUUGGGCCAGCACAUGCAAAAGUACGGCCCUCGUUAGUCUCAAGACAAACACGUGGUAUCGGGAGUGUGCCCCUAUCAGAUGAGCGGAGUUGUCUAGUGGAUACAUAAGGCAUCAGUAGUUCUCUGAGAUAUGACGGUGCCAGGUAAUGCAAGCAGCGGUAGCACAUAGUUGCAAUUUAGUACUUUAUGCGAGCGCGGACAGGCAGCAGUUGUAACUCUCUCAGAAGUGCUUUAUCAUGGUCAAAUUUGCGUUUACGAAGAACAAUGCGAGCCGCAUUAUUCUGUGCUUUUUUAAUUUAAUGUAGGAGCGUAGCUAAAAGACCCACCAUAAGAGCAUUGCAGCAGUCCAUGCGUGAUAGCACGACUGCAGACAUCAUCGUCUUUGAUACUUCUAACGUUAACAAAGAUCUUGAUCCGGUUUUCACCUUGGUUUUACUAUUCAAAGAGAGGUCCGCUAGGACGAGCAUAUUAACAAUGUGUGCAACAAGGCAACCUAAACACUGGGGUUCUUAAGGCGUAAUCUAAAUAUCGAUAACUCUAGUGUGAAAGAAAGAGCCAAAAAGCCAUUAUCCGUCCCUUUUUAGAUUAGGCAUCUUCAGUCUGGGACCCAUUUACCCAGAAGAGUAUUGACAGGUUGGAGGUUUCCAGCAAUGGGCAGCAUGCUUAGUUCUGAACCGCUACAGGAAUACCUCUAGUGUUGACAUCAUGCUAGAAACACUGAGGUAGUCAUCGUCGAAGGAACGACAAGACGUAUGCAGGAUCUCUAUGAUGUACAAGAUAAAUAACCAGUAUUAAAUAGAAACGUGCCCCUCUCCCCCAUAGACAGCGACGAGGCCAUGACAGGCAUUGCAGGCUGAUUCCAGCAAGAAGCCCGUACAGGAACUGCUCAUUCCUGACCAAGACAAUCAGGGACUGGAACAAGCUUUCAAAAGAAACAGUUGAGGUGACAACACUAGACACAUUUGCAUAUAUUACCUUAACAUUUUAAACACCAGCGCAUGAUACACUCACAAAGUAGCCCUUGUAACCUGUGAAAUAUCCUCAUCAACAUCAGGCACAUAAAUAAUAUAAAUCCCAUCUACAUUCAUCGGAGCCAAAAUGAACAAUAAAUUGAUCGCCGGCCCUUAAUAUAUAGAAUAAAAAGUUUACUUUAAUUAUCUAUAUAUAAUAUAAUUAAAUGUUCCAGUUUUUCAAAAAAAAUGUAACACAGUUUUACUAAUUACAAUUAUGAAUAACUGGAACUGAACAUGUAAAUUGCAUAAAAAGAGAAAAUAAUGUGCUUGAGGAAAAUAAUUAACUAGAAGCUUUCUUACAUAUCAAUAUCAGUAAUAACAAAAUUAAAUAUAUUUUUUCGUAGACCUAAAAUGCGUUUUACCUACUUGAAAAAAUACUUCAUUAUGCAAUGAUUUAGCAAAGUUAGUAGAAUGUAAUGUUACUCAUUUAAAGUUAAUCAGUGUGUUACGAUCCACAAAUUUAUAACCUUACGUUUUUAAUAAAGGUCUUUUCUUCUCUUAUACGUAUAUGUCAUUUAAUGCACUGUUAAAUCUCAUUAAGUUACGCCUGUGGCCUUACUGUAAAUUAUGGCGUACAACAAGGCUGUAUUCUGGCCCCAUCACCUUUUAACACUGUAUUCCAAGCAAUGAUGACUGAUGCUUUCCUUGACAAUAACGACGGUUUUCCUAUAAGAUACAAGUCAGACGGAUUAUUUAAUCUUGGGAGACAACAGGCUAUUACGGAAAUUAAAGAAAAGGUUAUUCAAGACCUGCUGUUUUCUGAUGGUUGUGUGCUAAAUGCACGUUUUAAACUGAAAAUGCAGCAAAUAAUUGAUCGCAUUGCAAUGUCCUGCGACAGUUACGGCCUUGCCAACAAUACCAAAAAAAAAAGAGAUUUUGCACCAGCCAGCUCAAGGAAUGGUUUAAGAAAUUGAAAUAUCAGUGAAUCUCCAUGCAUUAGAAAAUUGUACGUAUUUUUCAUGUCCUCAGCAAUAGAUUAUGAGAUCAAUAACCGAAUUUCAAAACAAAAUGUUGCAUUUGAAAGGAUAACCAUGAGUAUGUUGGAGCGAAGGGGUUUCAGUCUUGUCACAUGUCACUAAGCUAAAAGAGUAUAGGGCAAUCGUUUAAACAUCUAUAAUAUAUACGAGCGAGGCAUGGAUAGUGCACUUCGGACAUGCUAGACAGCUACACCAUCUACGUAAAUUUCUUGGAAUAAGGUGACAUGAAUAAUUUCCUGGUACAGAGAUCAAACAAUCGGAAGAUUUAUCAGCAUACACAUGCUUCGGCAAAAAGGACAAGCAUGAUGGACAGGGCAUGUUACAAGUUUGCCGAAUGGCGGACUUCCCAAACGAACUUCCCAGUGAAUUCUUCAGAAGAAUGAGCUCAUUUGGUGGGCAUAAAAAAAACACGUGAAGGACUGUCUAAUAGCUUAACCUAAAUCCAUGGACAUCGAUGUUGAUUCGUGUUAGUCACUUGACAUGGACCAUGCAAGCUGGAGUGGCAGACUCACUGUCGGAGCAAAUCAUCAGAGCAUAAGUGCAACGCUCACAACCAACGAAAAAGUACAAAAACAAAUGAAACCCAAAUCUUACUAGGACACAACAUAACAUGUAUCCCACGUGCGGGAAAGCUUUUCAGGCCCAAAUCGGACUGGCAGGCCAUUUGUGCACUCAUUUUGAAAGAUAUACUUGGUCAUUUUGGCUGGCCACCUGCGUACUCUCGGAUGAGUAUAGACUUGAUCAUCUUGGUAGGUCACCUGCGUACUUACGUUACAAUAUAGCCUUGUCAUUUUGGAUGGUUAGCUGCGUACUCAUCUUUGAAUAUAGAAUUGGUCAUCUUGGCAAGCCACCUGCGUAACACUUUUAAAUAUAGACUUUGUCAUCUUGGCAGCCCACCUGCAGACUUACCGAUGUAUAGACUUUGUCAUCUUAGCAAGCCACUUGUAUACUCAACUUGGAAAAUAUACAUGGUCAUCUUGGCAGGACACCUGCGUACUCGUCGAUGAGUCUAGACUUGGUCAUAUUGGUAUGCCACCUGCGUACUCACUGAUGAAUAUAGACUUUGUCAUCUUUGAAUGCCACCUUCGAACGUAGACUUUGUCAUAUUGGAAGCCCGCCUGAGUACUUAUUGUGGAAUAAUGCCAUGGUAAUUCUCAAGGUGAAGGACACACAACAACGCGAUUUACUUACAAAGAGUGCCUGCCUCUUUUUAUAGGACGUAAUCGGAACAUCAUUGCCGUAAAUUAAUUCUUGAAAAAAUAAAGUGAUUCAAGAAAUUGAAACAAUAGUAUAUCCGCAUGUGUGUGAUAUAAAUUACUGCUUUCAAAAUUUUCAAAAUUUUACCAAGCUUGACGAAAACUGCCUCAUAUUUAGAAAUUAAAAGUUACGUUUUAAACGCCAACCAUUCUAAACAGUUAUACUUUAUUUCAGCGGAUUUAGCAAAAACUGCACAACUUACACUUGCCGACGGCAUAUCCCAAGAUAUUGCAGCGAUUACAGAUGAAAUUGAUACAACCUGUGCAACUCUUACAGGUUCUAGUUUCUCACUUCAUUUGACCUGGCCUUCUAACAUAUACUUCACGUGGUUGAGGCUUGUAGUUGGCAAUGCUGGUACUUAAAUUAUAUUUUUUUCCAAUUUUUUUUAUCAAUUUUUAGUUUUAAAUGCGUCGCACAUUAUUUAUUUGAUCCUUUAUUUAGCAUAGUGUUAACAUUUAUAUUUUCACAGAAAAUUUAAAUCAUUUAUAAUAAAUUGAAAUUUCUGUCCAUAAUGUUUAGAAUUACAAAAGGAAAGUUUUUCAAUAAAUUUUCCUGAUGACGUCACAAUACAAAAUAAGCAAUGUAUAAAUGUCUUUGUUGACAAAAUAACAAUGGACAUUUAUUGCAACAUUUCAAAACCUAUACAAGGAAUUGUCUUGAACGGAUCGUCGGUGAACACAUUAUGUUCACUUUACAUCAGCAAAGGUAACAUGUCAUACUAUUGCAUCAUUUUUAUAUUUAUAAUGGAAUAUUUAUAUAUUUUUUUUCUAAUAUUAAAAACUUUUAGAAAAAAGUUAUCAAGAUAUUUAAAUAUUAAAACAAACAAAAUUAAUUAAAAUUAAAUUGUUACUUUAAUUGCCUCAUAUAUAUUUAUAAAUUCGUUUCCACUCUUGUAUACAGGAUAUGGUAAGGUAUAAAUAAAAUGUUCUGCAUAAUUUCUUUUUUAAAUUUAAUUUUUAAAAUGUAUUGAAGACAAAGCAAUAAUUUUUAAGGAUCUAUUUUUUGUUUAGUAACAGUUGAGUGAAGCUGUCAACUAUAUAUCUUUGCUGUAAGUGUUAACAUACCUUGAUAAAAAUGUGUGCAAAAUAGUGGUCUUGAAAAGAAUGGAAACUUUGUCAAGAGAUAUUUAAAGUACGCAUUAACAGAAGGUCAAUUAAACAAUUUGAAUAAAGAAAUCAAGUAAAUAAGGAAAACGAUCUUUGAUAUUAAGACCAUGACAACUCAAAAUGUAAGAACUUAAAAAGAUUUUAAAUCAAUUUAUCUCCAGGUCGAAAUGUUGCUUUGAAACAGUCUACAAACCAAACAUCAACAAGCAACGACUUUUCUUAUUUCAUCUCAAGCAGUGCUGUAGAUGGUAAAACUAAAUGGAAUGAUCAUUCGUGCACGCACACUAAUAACAAUGGCGAGCCUGCUCCGACAUGGACACUACAUUUUAAAUCAAUUGUUACAGUGAAAAGUUAUACACUCUACAACCGAGUUGAAGGUAAGAAGAAUGUUCAUAAAUUUCAAGUUCCUUUUUAAAAAAAUUUGUACAUGGGGUAGAAUAAAUCUUUGAUAUAGAAAAUUGUAAAUAUAUAAACUAUGAAUUGCCGCAUUUUACUUCAAAAUGUUAUUAUUUAACCAUAAAAAACCAAUAAGUCUGUAAAAGUUGUAUUCCUCUACACCAUCCUAACGCGCUGUAUGGCCAUAUUCUUGAACCAGUUUCAUCCGUAAGGUACCUGGUUGUUACCAUAGAAAAAGAGAUACGCUGGGAUGAGCAUAUUAACAAUGUGUGCAACCAGGCAAACAAGACACUAGAAAUUUUAAUGAGAAAUCUGAAGAUCGGCAAUUCCAGUGUUAAAGUUAAAGAAAGGGCCCAUAUAGCCUUUGUCCGGCCGCUUUUAGAUUACGUAUCUUCAGUCUAGGACCCAUUUACCAAGAGCAACGUUGACAGGCUGCAGGCGGUCAAGUGACGGGCAGCACGCUUUGUCCUGAACCAGUAAAGGAAUACCUCUAGUGUUGGCAGCAUGCUUGAAACACUAGUCUGGUCACUGGAGGAACGACGACAAAAAUCCAGGCUCUCCAAGCAUUAAAGAGAAAAUCGUCCCUCUGCCCAUAGACAGUGACGAGGCCAUGAGAGGCAUAAUCGGCUCUUUCCAGUACUAAGCCAGUACAUGAAGUGCUCAAUCUUGCCAAAGUUAAUAAGAAACUGGAAACAGCUCCCAAAAGGAAUAUACUCUUAAAAUAAUUGCGUCUAUUGCCUGAGGCCUUCCAACCAGCAGCUCAUGAUACCCUUUAUGAGUAGCCCGUUUAACCCGUGAAAUAUCCUCUUCAUCAUCACGAACAGAAACAUUACAAAUCCUCUAUAAAUGCAUAAGAGGUAGAAUGUUAAAAAAAUGAUUGUGGGCAAUAAAUAUAUAGAAAAAAGAAAAAGAACAUUAUCUUCUCUUUCCCAAAUGUCUUAAAACCUGACGAGCCGAUCAAUCUUCCUUUCACAGCAACCACUGCAACUACAAAUCCUCACAUACAACCUCUCUUAUAAUACGACUACUACUUUACCACAAACACAAUUUCUACCGCAAACUUUCUUAAACAAGAAACCUUUCUAAGCCCCAUCCCUACAUGACCUUCAUUUCUAUCUCAAACCCCUACUCCACUCUCCAUUCACCUCUACCUACAUAAACUAAUAUCGUCAUUGUUUACCCUCGACUACUUGAUCAAAUACUUGUACCUCAAACAUAUCGACUCACCGACUCUUUUGUCUUUUCAUUUGUCCCUCGUGAAAGCUAUUUAUUUUACUUAAAGUAAAUUGAUACUACAAAAAUUCAAUGUUAAAAAAACGUAAAGUUAUGCAAAGAGUGUUACCAAACAAUUUAAAUACCACUUUGUUAUUCCGCAUGACUUAAUGUUUUAUGAUGUAAACAUAAUUACUCUACAUAAAGCAAAGUCGUUAUCCAGCAUAUAAAUGUAAUAUAGAAGUAAAAAUACAGCAAUCUAAAUAAUAGAGUUUUACCAAACAAUUUAAAUACCACUUUGUUAUUCCGCAUGACUUAAUGUUUUAUGAUGUAAACAUAAUUACUCUACAUAAAGCAGCCCCCCCCCCCAAACACACCUUUUUCUCCCCCCCCCCCUAUAAUGAUCCGAAAUUCCAAUCAAAUGUUGCUAUUUAAAUUUAUAAUCUUUACAUCCUUACAAUAUUUAUUUCACCAUUAUCAUGAGUAAAACACGAAAACACUUCCCCUUCAAUAUCCACCUUCUACGCCUAAAUCUUGAUAAGCCAUCUCUUUACUACCCAUAAGAGCUUCCGAAGUCCAUAACAAAACCAUAUCGUCUUAAGCCUUUAAAAUAAAAUAAAAAUAACCUUCCAGUGUAACAUAAUGAACAUCUCUGAUUUCUAUUUACGUACAUUGCUAUGCCACUAUAUAUAACAGAAUAAAUGAACCGAUGUUAUCGGUAUGAUAGGCCCUUUGCAAUAAUUUCUAACUGCUAUUGCUACAACAUAUCCCAAUUCAUAACUUUUAAAAUGUAACGAUAUUUACGUUUCCAACAUCAUUAAUUUUUGAGAAGUGUGUAUCUGCUAUAUAUUAUACGCGUACCCUUCACACUUUCACGCUCCUAAACUACUUUUCCCCUCUAAACAUGACCUAAAAUUACCCAGUCUCAAUUAUCACUUCUCUUUGCGAACAUUAAAGUGAGUGUGUAGUGUUGUGAAAUUAAUCACAUUUCUGUUUCCUGCGAAAACAACUGUUAAAAGAAUAUUUUUUAGAUCAAAGAAUUAUUUGUUUUACGAUUUUCCAUUAAUAUAGUAGAAAACUAUUGCAAAAAGUUGGGCUAAAUUUUUAUUGAAGUUAUCAGUAUACCAAAUUCUGUUAAUAUAAAAUAUAUUUAAAAUGAUAUAUAGAGUUUUUGUUGUAAAUUUAAGAAUAAUAUUUCACAACAUUUAGAGAAUUUAUUUUUAUUUCAGGGGCACGAAAAUAGUAGUUUAUGCCCAACAAUAAACAAUUUAAAAAUACAUGACAUCAAACGAAUUUAUCUUGCGUAGAAAUCAAACUUAAAUGAGCUCAUAUACUGAUAAUAAUGAUUUAAUUAGUCAUCAUUUUGAUUUGGUAAUUUAAGUUCAUGUUUAUAGUAAUAAAAUUGUAGUUUGGGGCGUAAAGAUGGGAAGGGUAGGGAUCAAUAAUAUAUAAUUCACCAGAAGUAGGGCAAACAAGACAAUGCAGUCUAUAUAUAGAUACGCCAGAGCAGACAAGACGCAGCCAAACCCUCCCCUCGCUUCCGUUGCCUGUCCAUCGUUGGUCUCGAGACAUGCGCACUGCGGUGGAGCUAGCGCCCCCCGCCUGCACCACCCUCGUUUGCCAGCCAUGCGCACACCCCAAUAAGCUCGCGGUGUAUGGUAAGCUGUGGGUGGCGUAUCAUGAAAAAGAGGGGGUUAAAGCAAAAUGACAUUCUUAAAUGUGCGUAACUUGAGUUCACGUUUUUGUCAAGUAACUUUAGUAGAUGGGAAGUUCACGCAUCGCUGUAGCCAAUGUUUGGCGGGCUGUAUCUAGUAUGAUAUAUAGCAUAUAAAUACUUCUCAAAACUUUUAAUGAUGUAAGAAACUUAAACAUCAUUACAUGUAAAAAAAAUAUUUUAACAUUGAAUUGUGUUGAAUUUUUGAAAUUGCAGGUGGAAAUUAUUGCAAAGUUAACGCCAUUAUUAUCUCGACAACAUCGUGUGAUAUUUUCUAGUUUACAAUAAAGAUACAAUAUCCUUAUAUGGAAUUAAUAAAAUAUUAUCCUAUUAAAGAUCCUCAAUAUACCUGUAUUUCUUUCCAUUUUUCUUAUAUUUUACAACACUUCAAAGUAUUUUUGUCAGUUAAGAUGUUAUUUUCAUAGUAAUAAUACAUACAUCCUUUACAUCCUGUAAUCUUGGUUUUAGAAAAUUCAACUUCUGGCAAUAACAAUGGCGAUCGCUUAAGAAACUCUUUUCUAUUUCUUGUCUGUAUUCAUUUGUUAUGUCAGCUGAGGAAGACUCUUAGCAGAAACGUUUUUCACUAAUUUUUCUAUUUUUUUUAUGAAAGCGUUAAUAAACCUUGUUCUACUUUGUUUGACGAGUAAUUGAAUUUGACCUUUGUUGAAGAAACAUAUAUUCCUAUAAAAUUCUGUAUUCUCGUAUACCAGAGAUAGAAAUUUCUACGACACUUAAUUCUGGCUCGCAUAUAUCGCUCCUCGAGGAAUUGUCCAAUCUGUAUACGAUACGAAAAAUUCCACUAAUGUAUUUACACAAACGGUCAACGCAAUAUUGUCGCAAUUAUAUGGAAAGAGGUUUGCACGAAGAUUUCGUAGAGGCAAAAACGGCACCUACUGGAGACAUUGGAAAGGUUCUCAUUUUUGCAAAAUAUGCAUGCUGACCAUAUUUCCUGUUCCGUUUCCACAAUACAUUCCAAUAACAACUUUAUUGUGUUUCUUGGUGCCGUCUUAUUUAAUACGGCUUUAAACAAAUUUUCAAACACAGCCUCCAACUCCAUGAUAAUAUCUUUGUCACUUUAGUACACACUCUUUUCUAUACACGUGUAAUCUGGAGCUAUUAACAGUUUCCAAAUGCACGUCACGAAAAAUAUGCGGGAUUUUAAUUUAUGUUUCUUUUGGCACAUAAUGUAUUUGUGCGCACCGGACAGAAGUCUUACUUGUCUAAGAGUAGAUAUUGUGGAGAGUUUGGACCACGACGGCGCCAGGGAUUGUGAAGAGUCCGGAUCACGACGGCGCCGAGGGCGUCUGACCAGGGAUUACCGACCGUCUGCCCAGAUACAGGUGUCAUCUGACCAGGGAUCACGAUCGACGGAUCAAGCGCCGGGGGCGGUACCGGCCAUCUGGACUUAUAAAUAGGGACCUCUGGACGGGACGGGGAGAAGGCGGCUUGACAGAGAAGCAGAUAGCAGGGAGAACUCGGACGGUAUGAGAAGAGGGCAGUCAGAGUUGCGAGAUGAGAGAAAGUAUAAGCGAAGUUUCAGCCUAAUAAAGAACAAGACUAUAAUCAUCAAAUGUUAUUGCCUGAGUUGUUUCUUUAGUGGAUGUCAGAUAUAGAUGAAUGUUAGCAGAGAGCAAGCAAGGUUUCCUUACAAUAUGUAUAAUUAAGGCAUUUAAAAAAAUGAAAAUACCUAGAAUAGUUACAGUCAUGUUGAAUUAUUUUCUUAUUACGGUUAAAAGUUUGGAAAGAAAUACAUAAUAUAUUUUCGGUGUUUUAAUUUUGUUUUCAUUCUCAAAAGUAAUACAAAUAGAAAGAGUUUGUAUCACGUUAAACUCUUUUGAUGUUAAAAGGGUGAUUAUAGGCUGCAGGUUUUCCAUGUUUGAUUGUAACUAGAUAUCUGCAUUUAUUGCUUAAAAUUUAAUCGAUUUCUUGUUUUAUAUAAUCAACAGAUGGAGAUGAUGCAGUCAUUCUUCUUAACCGAUUGAAAGGAUUUAUUCUUAGAACAUUUGACCAAACCAAUAACAUUGUCCAAAAUUACACUGAUACUGAGAUAUCAGCUUUGGAUGUGUACAACGUUCUAUCAACUGAUCCAUGGACUCAAGUUUCAAUGGUUCAAAUUACAGCAACUAAUCCAUCAGAUGUAAUUAUCCUAACUCUGUGUGAAGUGGAGAUUUUCGGUGGUAAGUUUAAGUUAGAAGACGACAUGUUUCUUUUUAGCCGUACAGAUCAAUUUAACUCUAAUUUACCAGCGAGAACCCGGCAUGCGUUGUAAUGACAAAUUCUUGUUGUUUUAAUUACGUGUUUGAAGUAAUUUUUAAAUAGACUUUUUUUUUUCAUGUUUGUGCGUACACAAAUAAAAUAGAAGGUUCUUCGAUGCCUGAGAAAGAAACAUACAGUUGUCCAAGUGAGAAACGUGGCUUUUAAAAAUUAAUUCCACACACUUGUAGUGGUUGAUUCACCAAUACAGUAGAUAUGUUUGAAAUUAUAUUUAUCCAUCUAAAAUAAAAUUUUAAAAAAAAUAAAAAAAUAAGGCCCUCGGCUCAAAACGCAAAAUUGUUGUAUUAAUUCAGAAACCUACUUAUUAUGUCACACACAAACUGAAAUGUUGCUUAGAUUUAAUUCAGUUCCAUCCUACCCUGCAAUAAAUCUGUUAUAAAUUGUUUUUUGUAUAGCUCAUAUCAGAAAAAAAAAAUUCAUUAUGUUAAUAUUUUAGUUGUUACAUAUUGCAUAGAUUUCUCUAUAAUUUUGUGAUGAAAUUAAACGUUAACUUUUUCUUAAAUAAGCUACAGUUAUUAUGCAAAAAAAGUCACAGUUUUUCGUUGGAACUAGGUCGGUCAUGUAUUGCCAAAUAUAAGAUUUUUAAGUGAACACACAUGAACGUCUUUUCUGUACACGUUGUUUAAGAAACAUUAGAACAUUACAUGAGCGCAUUGUGUUUUAUGGUAAUCUAUUUUGACGUCUGAGUAUUCUAAAACGUACACUUUUGUACAAUAUUUUCUAGACUGGACUAUCGGCAUCCUUCCGUCUCGUGAGACGAUGGUGCAUCACCGUUUGGUUGGGUUGCAUUUUCUCGAGUGGCUGUGCAGUCCUAUCCUUGAGUGACAGUCUUUACCACAGUUUUUAGACUGGACUAGGCAACAUUUUAUCCAUACAAAACCACAGUUGUGUCGAAUAAAAAAAGAACCCCAUUUUUCCUACAAUGUAAAAUCAUUAAACACUACUAAAAAUGGAAUCUAAAUGAAGAAAUAAGCAGUUGAAUUAUAUUUUUACAACACUUAAUUGUGAAAUUGGACAAGCUGUCACGAGCUGCAAAAAAAUUUGUUUAAAUCCUUUACUCAAUGCACAGCCCAUUCUUGCCUCUAUUUUUGCACAUCAACAGUUCGGUACUGUAUUUUUACUUUUAACCUAUUCAACAUUCAAGCUAAUAGCCUGAUAAUAAUAUCGCAUAAGCCUACUUAUUUUAUAAUAAUAUUGUUUUUGUAUAGAAUAGGCUUGGUAUAAUUUAUUUAUAAUGGGUCUCGCUUGCCUAUUACUAUUAUUAACUAAAAUUAAGCCUACUGAAUAAUUAAUAAUGAUUCUAAGUCUAAUGUUUUGCCAUGUGGCACACUGACUUUCCAUUAUACGGCUAUUUAAAAAUUUAAUAUUAUUAAGCCUAAACAGUUUAGACUAUAGCUUUGGUCUAAUUUUUGUCUAUUAGAGUUCGGUAUGCCUAGUGUUCUAAUCUGAUGAAAUUAGAAGAAAGGCAUACAUAAAUUACGCCAUAGACCCUCUUAGGCAGAGGUCAUAACUUCCUACCUCUAACCUAAUUUCGAUCGAACUAUUUGGUUAUUUAUAAACUCGAUUCAAAUUUAAAUAAAAAUAAUAUUUCAAAACAUAAUUUACUAUUUAUAAAAUGAUACUAUUACCUGUUUUAAUCUACUUCUGCAAUUAAAAUUACAUCAAACGCUAACGAUGGCAGCGAAACAUAGAUAAUUUCAAACUGUAGCUGUCAGUGAUGCAGUUGGCCAUGAGUUCUACCGACCGGUGCGGAUGUAAAGUAAAAAUUCGAACUUUUCAUAGGGACAAAAUAAUAAAGUUUAAAGAUAAUAAAUUACCUCUAAAAAUGUUAUUUAUUUUCUAGUAAAUAUUUGUUAAUGAUUUUAAAAAUUAAUCAAAACAUGCAUGUAAAAAUACUGUGCUUAACGACGAAAUAUUUAUUAAUGCAAGAAAUUGUAAUUUUGUUCAACUUUUGAAAUGCUUAGCUUUAUACAGAAUUUUAAUGUUAAAAAUAAAAUGUAACACUCCCUUAUUGUUUUUUUUUAAAUUAUCAAUAAGAAAUGAUCAUUUUCAGCAAUAUAGAGUAUUUUUAAACAAAAAUGUAAUAAAUAACAUUGCAUUUUUAACAGUGUGUGUGGCAACAUUCAUCCAAAGACUAAUUGAUCUACUUUCCAUAAAAAUUAUCGAGCUGAAACUUGGUACAAAGACUCUCUGCCGAUCACAAGACAUUCCAUAAAACCCCCGACUUCAACCCCAAACCCAUAAAAUCAGUUGCUCCGGUCUCACAAAGGGAAGAUGAAGGAAAUAUGAUGCCACUGAUUUCAUGAAAAAACAUUUCCGUUAAGUGCGCUAAAUGAGAUUCAUAAAAUAUUGCAAGCGUGACUUUUUGAAAUUUCAGAGGCAGUUUUUAGAAUUUGAAAUUAUUAGAGAAUUCGAAUCAAUCAUCCUCCUUUAUUACAAUUUUGAAAAAAAACUUUGGGAAAUAUAAUAGUUCAGUUAAUUCUUGACUGUUGUCUAAUAUUUUCUUUUCGUCUUUCUGAAAUAGUUGGUGAAAUAAAUAUGUGGGAAAAAAUGCUGGUGGGCCAUUAAAAUAUUCAUAUACUUUGUUUAAUGCCUAUAAAGCAGUGAUUCUCAACCUUUGUAAUGCCGGGACCCUUUAAUAGAGUUCCUCAUGGUGUAGAAAACCCCCAGCCACAAUAUUAUUUUCAUUGCUACUUCAUAAAUGUAGAUCAUAUGUGUUUUCAGAUGGUCUGAGGCGACCCCUUGGAAAGGGUCCUGCGACCCCCAAAGGGGUAGCGACCCACAGGUUGAGAACCGCUGCCAUAAAGGAUUUAUACGAAAAACUUCGCUUUUAGGGUUGUUUAAAAUUUUAGUAACCGUGAUACGCAACGACAAAUUUCAUUCUAAAACAGUACAAUGAAAGGUUUACAUUUGUAAAAUAUAUUUUAUUCCCAGACUCCGUGUGUCCAAGAGAUAAGUUAACGUAUGGUCGUGAUUGUGAACAUGUCUGUAACUGUGCUGUAGAAGGUGAGAAGUGUUUUGUUAGUACAGGAAACUGUCCAUCUGGAUGUAAGGCUGGAUUUUACGGAGAAGGAUGUAACAAAAGUAAGUAUACAGAGACUUUCACAAAAUGAUUUAUCAAUUACUGCAUGUACAGAUUUGUUUCUGAAGUUCUACAACACUUUUAACAGUCAUGUCCCCGCCCCCUUUAGGGCAUCGUUUUAAAAGUUUUCUCCUUUUUACUUUGUAAAGUCAAGGUUAUCAGCUUUUCUGGUAACAGGUUUAUGUGUUACACGCUACCCUGGUAGCAAGAUCUAAUUUUCUAAUUCCCAAAGAAUUCAUGUCUCUUUUAAAAAAAAUUUAAAUAACUUUUUGAAAUUUCAGAGGCAGUUUUUAGAAUUUGAAAUUAUUAUAGAAUUCGAAUCAAUCAUCCUCCUUUAUUACAAUUUUGAAACAACUUUGGGAAAUAUAAUAGUUCAGUUAAUUCUUGUCUCACUUGUGUUUGUUUUUAAAUUAUUUUCAUAGAACAAUGUAGAAUAAAUAACAUUGUCGAUUGUGUAAUUAUAUAUUUAGCGUGUGACGAAGGCCACUUUGGAGUCGACUGCAAAAAUCAAUGCAGUAAUUGCUCAGGUCAAUGUGAAGGCAAAGACGGAAAAUGUACCAGCUGUGCUACUAAAGGAAAGAAGCUUCCGUAUUGCAUAGAAGGUAUGCAUACUUAUAUUGACACGGUUAGCAAAACUAUAUAUUUUAACACACCCAAAAGUCAUAUAAAAUAAUAAGCAAAUAAACACAAAAUAAUCUAGAAAAACUAAAGUAAUAACCAUUGAAAAUAUUUAGAACAGAAAAUAUUGCGUUAAAGAAUUUUCAAAGAAUGUUGCAUGAAUACAUCUUUUCAAUGUAGUCUUUGGUUUAUAUCGUCAAAUGUAAUAUAAAUUAUUGAUCAAUUAAUAAAUCGGUAAAGAAAUAACCAUAAUUUCUAAUAACAACUUACAUUGCUUACAUUAAACUCCUUUUAACCGUUUAAACCUGCUAAGAAAAUAAAAGUUGGUUGACUAAAUCGACACAGGGAUUUUAAAAUCAUACUUUCCUUAAAUGUUGAACCUAAAUUACGUUGAUAAGUUGUUUAGCUAAAAUAUUUUUUUCUUAAAAAUAUAAAUCUAAGCACACGAUAUGAACAUAAUACUUUCAAAUAUUUUUUUUUACAAUAAAAGAAGUCAAUAUUGUUGAACGUUUUAAGCCAGGUUUCUCCUAUUCCAGAUUGUGAUCCUGGUUUCUUUGGAAGCGAGUGCAAGUCAAACUGUUCACAAAAUUGUUCUCAAACUGGCUCUAUUUGUGACGUCAUAGAAGGGAAAUGUUUGGCGUGUAUGACUAGUUUCUACGGCUUCAAUUGUACCACACCUUGCUCAUCCAACUGUAAAGAUUCAGUCUGUGAUAUCAACUCUGGUAUUUGUAAAAGUUGUAAGGCUGGCUUCCAAGGUGAUAAGUGUGAUGAAGGUUAGUAAAACUAUGCAAUUAAUCUACCCAUACAUGCAAUGUGCAGCCUUAGUUAAUUAUAAAAAAAGACGAAGUAAAACAUUCGUAUUUAAUUCUUUAUUAGGGAACAGGGCCCUUCAAUGUAUUUUGUCUUUCUUUAAUAAAACUUCACUGUUUGUUAGUAAACAUAGUAUUUUUUUUUUACUUUAAUAUAUUUUAAAGCCGUAAAUGUUGUAAUUUCUUUUUAAAAUUGUUGUAAAGUAAUGAAUAAAUAAAAACUGCUAGUCUUAAAUUUAAAUAUUUUAAAUUAUUGUGAAUUGUGUUGGCAUCUUCCCAGAAUGCAGUUAUUCCACCUACGGUGAAGGUUGUACAGCCAGUUGUAGUUCAAACUGUAACACAAAUUCAACUGCAGCUAGAAUCUGUGACAGUGAAUAUGGUCGUUGUUUAAAUGGAUGCCGAAGUGGAUUUGAUGGACUUGAUUGUACCACAGGUGAGUUAAUUGGAGUUAGACUGAAUAAUAUAAUAAUAAUUAGGCGUCAUUAUUGUCGGCUUUUCUCGUGCCUUACAUACUGUCAGUUAAUAAGCUAGGAUGAAAGGAUAAUACAAUUACCGUACUGUCAGGUCGAUACCACAUAAACUAAAAAGCAAUAUGCUUACAUAAACUGGUGUAAAUUUGCAUGAGAGAAUAUGUGAAUGUUUUUUUUUUUUUAAAUUGUUUACUUUACAUAAAUAAAUUAGUGUCAUUUCAAUUUUUUGAAACAAAAGAAAACGUUUCUAAAAAUUGUGUUAACUUUAGUUCCCUUUAUACCAAUUAAAAGUGUUAUUAUAGUAAAAAUUCUAAUGUUUUUUUUUUAAAUGUCUUAAAUAUGUUAACGCGAUCUAUAGUUGUUUUUUUAAAACGAAAAUUCAACAUCAUAUCUCAGAUUUAUUCUUUUAAAGACGUUAAAUGUUAUUCUAGAACCAGUGACUUUUUUGUUGUCUUACUCUUUUCUCCACUAUAUAGAGGAUUGCUGUUAUAUUUAUUAUGCAAUGCUAAUCACCCAGUGUAGGGACGCCUGUUCAGAAUGCAUGUCAAGCAACAUGCAGUGCAAUAGCACAAUAUCAGGCACUCCUGUUUCAGAGGAAAAAAAAAACAAUGGCCACAACAUGAAACUUGAGCAGAUCGAAAUUGACUAAUUUUGACCGCACAUCCAUCUAGUCAUACAAACACAAACAUAAACACAAAAACAGACACAGUUACCCACAAACGCAUAUACACGCGCAUACAUAGGGUGCCGUCUUAAUAAUGAGUGUGCUUACCGGGCACUUGACACAAGGCUUCAGCCUUCUGGGGGCCAUUUUUUUAAUUCAAGAUUUAGAAAUCGACACUUUAAAUUAAUUUGCCAAUUAAAAAAUGUCUAGGUGUUUUUAGGGAGUGGAAAGAAAAUGUGUGCGACUAGAUCAACAGGUUUAAAUAAAAGUUCACCCGAUUUUUAUUAGUUUGUAUUUAAUCUGAAAGUAAUUAUAAUAGUUUAAAAUUACCGUUAACCUCAUAUUAUUUUUCAUCUAUAAAGCUGCUAUUUCCCUGGAAUAAUCACACAUUGUAAGAUUCCUGAUGUUUAUUAAAAGUAUCUCAUAUUUUUUUAACAUAAAUAUAUAAUUAUAAGGCUUUAUCUUCACUGGAGAGGACACUCCAACAUCGCCGAAAGGUCUGAACACAACACGGGAAGCAGCAGUUACCGGUUUUAAGCCAUAGCUCAAUUGGUGCCAGGGGUUGCUUUUGACGGUGGGAGAGAUCGCCAUGUCUCACUGCAAUGUUACCGCCCGCCUCAAGCCGGGCAGCCCCAAGCCAAUAAGGUGCUAUCCCGCUAUGUCCUGCCUGCUUCACGGGGUGUGUGGAGUUCAGAGGAAAAUCUCAACAAGUAGGUCACAAUAACAUGCACCUAGAAAUAAGGAAACAAAAGAAAAGAAGACCCCAGAUCUUUGACUAGCUGGCUAGAACGUAAGGAAUAUGUAUCGACCUGCAGCUCAUAAACGAUGCAAGGAAGACAGCUAUCAUUGAUAGAGAGCUUAGCUGGCUAAACAUUAAUAUUGCCUGUCUCCAGGAUACUAGGCUCCCCGAAUUUGGUACCAUAAGAGAACUUAACUACACUUUCUUCUGGCAGGGUGGACGAAUGGACGCACCAAGAUAACAUGGGAUUGGUUUUGCUAUACAAAACACACUCUGCUCCUCCAUAGAACCACCGACAAAGGGCACAACUAGAAUACUAACCAUCCGUCUAUCAACAUCUUCAGGUUCAGUCAACAUCCUCAGUGCUUAUUCCCCAACCCUUUCCUCCAACUCUGAAGCCAAAGACCAGUUCUUUGAAGAUCUUCUUCUUCUUCUAUAUCUUAAGGGCCCACGAUCAAUUUAUUGAUCAUUUUGGCUCCUAUGCAUGUAGAUGGGAUUUGCAAUGUUUCUGUUACUGGUGGUGAUGAGGAAAUUAUGCACUAGGGGUUUGAAGGCUUGAGGCAAUAGACACAAAUGUGUCUAGUGUUGUCGCCUCAACUGUUCCUGAUCUUAAUCAAACAAUAGCGAGCAUACCCAACAAUGAAGCAAUUUACCUUUUGGGUAACUUUAAUGCAAGAGUAGGAAACGAUCACAUAGCCUGGCAGACAUGCCUUGGUCAUUUUGGAAGAGGCAGGCUAAAUGAAAAUGGGCAGCGACUUUUGGAACUGCCUACAUGGACUAUGUGUAACAAACACAUACUUCAACUGUAAGGCUAUCCACCAAGUGUCAUGGAGGCAUCCCCGCUCUAAACACUGGCACCAGUUAGAUCUCAUAAUCACAAGACGCACACAACUGGCCAGUGUCCUCCUCACACGCAGCUACCACUGACCAGACUGCGACACUGGUCAUUCCUUAGUGGCUAGCAAGAUUAAGGCUACAGCCAAAGAAACUGUAUCACACUAAAAACAAGAAUAAACCACACAUAAACAUCUGCUCCACCAAAAACCCAGAGAGAACAGAAGUAUACACAUAUAGCCUACAAGAAGCUCUUGUUCAAACGCCACCAAUAGACACUAUUGAGUUCAAAUUGUCACAUUUGUGGGACACUAUCUAUAACUCGGCUAUCACGGCAUUUGGAAAGAGAGAAUGCAAAAGUGCAGAUUGGUUAGAGGCCCAUUGGCAAGAAAUGAAACAUGUCACGGAUGCAAAAAGAAAGGCCCUCUUAGCUUAUAAAGACAGACCUUGCCCAGCAACUCUACAAUCGCUUAAAAGGUGCAAGAACAAUGCCCAGCAGGCAGCUCGACACUACGGUAACACAUAAUGGCUCAAUCUAAGCUCCAGCAUACAAUCAACUGCUGAAAGAGGCGAAGCAAAGGCAAUGUACGAGAAUAUAAAGCAAGCAAUAGGCCCUCUGAUCUCCAAGACUGUGCCCUUAAUGUCCAGAAUAGGGAAACGUAUUACUGAUCGAGAUAAACAACUAAAGCGGUGGAUAGCGCACUACUUGGAGAUAUACGCAACGAUAAACCAUGUCUCAACCGCUGCCCUGGACGAUAUCCCAGACUUACCGAUCAUGGAGGAGCUUGAUACCCUACCCACCACAGAAGAGCUACGUAGAGCCAUCGAUUGUCUCGCCAGUGGAAAAGCCCCGGGCAAUAAUGGCAUCCCUUCAGACGCUCUCAAAUAUGGAAAAGGAGUACUAUUACGGCCCUUGCACGAUAUCCUUACUCUGUGCUGGGAACAGGGACAGCUACCACAAGAGUUGAAAGAUGAAACAUCGUUACAUUGUACAAAAAUAAAGGAGACAAGAACGACUGCAACAACUAUCGUGGAAUCUCCCUCCUCAGCAUAGUUGAAAAGUCUUUCGCUCGAGUUGCAUUAACACCCCUACAGACCCUAGCAUUGCGUGUACUCCCAGAAUCGAAAUGUGGUUUUCGCCCCGGUAGUUCAACCAUAGACAUGAUCUUCUCUUUGCGCCAACUGCAGGAGAAAUGCAGGGAGCGACAUAUGCCUUUAUACAUUGCGUUUGUCAACCUCACUAAGGCUUUUGAUCUUGUCAGCCGAAGCGGCCUGUUUCAGAUCCUAAAAAGAUAGGCUGCCCUACACGAUUGCUUGACAUCAUCAAGCAGUUUCACGAUAACAUGCAGGGCUCAGUGGGCUAUAACGGUGCAGCCUCAGAAGCUUUUCCAGUGGGUAGUGGAGUAAAGCAAGGUUGCGUGAUGGCUCUUAACUUAUUUGCAUUGCAAUCUUUUUCUCCAUCCUAAUCCAGUAUGCCUUUAAGAACAACAGCGAGGGGAUACCAUACAUCCACACCACUGCUGACGGCAAAUUUUUUAACAUUGCCCGUCCUAGAGCUAAGAUCAAAAUAAGAAAGGUCAUGUUGCGGCAGUUCUUGUUUGCAGACGAUGCCACUUUGGUAUCUCACACAGCAGACCGCCUGCAGAGCCUCGUGUCCAGCCUAUCCACUGCGUGCGAAGAGUUUGGCCUGACAAUUAGCCUAAAGAAAACUAACAUUAUGGCACAGGGCUAUGACUCCCUCCCCACUAUCGCCAUCGACUGACAGUUUCACAUAUCUAGGAUCCAAAAUAUCGAGCACCCUCUCAAUGGAGGAUGAGAUAAGUGGAAGGAUAGGGAAGACGCUACUGUUAGAGCAAGACUGAAGAAAAGAGUCUGGUCCAACGCCAAACUCACAACAAGAACUAAGCUGCAGGUGUACCAGGCCUGCGUACUGAGCACACUCCUCUAUGGAUGCGAGUCGUGAACCACAUACUCGAAGCACCAAAGAAGGCUCAGUGGUUUCCACCUCAGAUGCCUGUGCCACAUCCUUGACAUUAAAUGGCAAGACAAAGUCCACAACACGGAUGUCCUGUCCCAAACAAACAUGUGUAGCGUCUCAGCCAUAUUAAUCAAAAGAUGCCUCUGCUGGCUUGGACACGUCAAGCGAAUGCAACCUGGUCGCAUACCAAAGGACGUGCUACACAGCGAGCCGGCGACAGGGAAAAGGUCAGUUGGACGGCCUCGUCUGAGAGACUUAGACAUAUGCAAAAGAGACAUGAAGUAGGCCAACAUCGACAUCUCAAACUGGGAGUACCUGGCAGAGGAUCGAUCCUCAUGGCGGGACAUCGUGAAGGCAGGAUCACUACAUGCCGAGGAGCAAAACAGGGCGGAAACAGCUGCAAAAUGAGUGAGGAGAAAGGCCAGAAAAUAUUGUUCCACCACAUUUGUGUGUGGGAAAUGCAACAGAGACUACCACUAGAGGUUUGGCCUCACCAGCCACACCAAGAGCUGCAAGCAAUAAAGAUAAUCUAUCGUCUCCCGCAGAUGGAAAGAUGCCAUGCAUACAUAAAUAAUUAAAAUGCAAUGUAAAUAAAAGAAUAGUUUUAUACAGCCAUAAUAAUCUACUUAACUCAUCUACUCAAACAUUUUUAUUCAUUUUUCUCUUAUCUAGUAAAAUUGAAAAUAUUUAAAUGAGUAUAAAAUAUACAAUGAUUACUUAUGAUUUUUGGGAACGUCAACUUAACCGUUUAAAAAAAGUAUUGUAAACGAAUAUACUUUUGUUUUGGAAUUUUUUAAAUUAAAAUUUUAUUAAUGGGGUAAUUAUAAUAGUUUCAUUUUCCCGCUAUUUUGUAAAUUUUUUUUUGAUUUAUUUUUUUUUUUAUUUUCUGGAAAAAAUGGGCAUAUUGUUUUUUGGAUAUUCUGAAACAAAUUUUAAUGCCCUGACAUUUCACGGUUCCUAGCAACCAAUUUGGUCGCCAUGGGACAUAGCAUCAAGUAGUAUCUUUGCAUUAAACAAAUUAAUUCAUCACUGAAUUAGUUUCAACUUGUAAUUUAGAGCAGACUUGUUUUAGACGAACUCCACUCUAACUCUUAUAUCUGGACAUUAUUUGUAAGCUCAGAUCUUCGGGAAAGUAGAAAAAAGGAGUAGGAGUGAUAGUUGGGGAUGGUAAGUGUUUAUAGAAAUGUGUGAUUAAAAAGGCUGUAAAAGAGUGCAUUGCUUUGUCAGAAUCCACACACACAUCCACAAAACCAGAAAGAGAAAAAAAAACGCAGAUAUACAAUCAUACAUCAUAGUCUCCUUUAUUUUGAAAAUUUUCAAAAUAUUGUAUAUUUUAUACACAAAGCCAUAUAGCUUUAGAGCAAUUUGUUAUUAACAUUUCGGUGUUUUACUUUUUAUAUUUACCUUGUUUUUUGAACAAGAAAAAAAUUGUUUCGUAAAUAAUGUUCUGUUUUGUUUCCACGAUAGCAACGUUAGCCACAUCGGAUAAUGGUAAUGAUAAUGAUAAGGCAAUUAUUGGAGCAGUGGUUGGAUCAAUCUGUGGACUUGUUGUAGUGUUUCUCAUUGGUGGCGCCUUCUUCUUUUGGAGGUAAGAAAGUAGAUUUUAAUAUCUUUGUCCCUUUCACCCUCUUAAUCGUUUUUCGCUCACACCCACUGACAAUCCUCUCCCACUCAUUACACUCUCUCACUGUCCACCCACUCCCAUUUGCCACUGCCCCCCCAACUAACCACCCACUCCUACUUUCUAUCCACUCUCACUAACCACACACUCACCACCCACUGCCACUCACCUUUCACUCCUGUUAACCACCCACUCAUGCUCACCGUUAACUCUUGAUCACCCCCACUCCCACUCACCGCCCAUCCCACUCUACACCCACUCCUGCACACCACCCACUCCUCUUCACCAACUCCUACCACCAUCCACUCAUGCUCACCACCCACUCUUAUUCACAACUCGUUUAAUCUUAGAAUUGCUUUAACUUAAAACCAAUUAAUUGAAGUGUAUACUUUUAUAAACUACCAUUUGGGUAAGACUGACUCGCUAAAAUUUACGUGACGACUGUCAUCCAAUAGUUAACAAGGCUUUGAAUAAUCUUGCACGUACGUUUUGCACAGUUAAAAUACUUUAAGCCAUUCACGCUAUUCAAAUCUCAACCCACCUUCUCCACCAUCCAACCAUCUUCUAAUCGCACCAAACAUUAUAAUGUAUUUUCCUUUACAUUUAUGCUACUCACGCGGUUAAUGUUCACAGACGACAUAAGAGAUCUGACCAAAUGUCAGGGAGACAAAACACAAGUGUAGACAACCUAAUUAUUGAACCUGACUUUCCAGAUCACGUGGCAACUUCACGAAAACUAGAAAAUAAAGAAGGAAGUAAAAAAGGUAUUUAGAAAAAUCACUGUGACAACAACUUUAUAUUGCUGGAAAUUUAAGUUACAAUAACAAUUUUUCAUGCAAAGUUCUUCAGCCCUGGUUUCAACUUUGAGACUCAUGGAUCGCAGACAACAAAGGGGAUAGGGAAUGGAAGGUGGGUCUAUGGGAUCACUGACUAUUAUAUUUUGAGAUUUCAUUAGUUUCAUCUUAACGUAAAAGGAUAUGAAAUAUGGCCACACUCAACAUAAUUUUCAUUUAUGAGCAAAGAAAAUAAUUAUGUUAAAACCAGAGUUCUAAACAAAAUAACAAAAUAUUUCCGACCUUUCCUUCUGGUUAAUUUUCUCUAUUGCUGAAAGUUGAAAUACAUUUUAAUUGGUUGUGGAAUUUUUAUCGUAUAGUAAAACCAGAAAUUCCCCAAAAGCCAAAAGCCACGAUUGUUGAAGAUAGGGAAACUUCAGAAGAAAAUGGAACUGGAUAUUAUAACACAGUUACUCUACAGCCUGUAACGUCAUCAACAGUUAUCACGUUGUCUAAUCUACAAAGUUACCUUCUCACUCAUAGUAAAGAGUAUCUUCAUGAACAAUUCAAAGUAAGUCAACAAAAGCAAACUAUUCGGAUUUUAGUUCUUUAACAGUUAAACUUUCUUGGAGCAUUGUCAAUUCAUAGCUAACAAUCUAAAUUAGCAUUUUAGUGUUAACGGAUAUUUUAAACAAAAAUAAUUUAAUGGCAGUAUUUUACCAUUUUAUAAUAGCAUUUACUAAUAAUAUCACAUAAUUUUAAAAAAAAAUAAUUUCCUUUUAUGAACUUCUCUAGGGGAUAAUAAAAACUUCUUAAUUGUUCUAAAAGAACAUUGAAUAGCUUAGAAUAUGCAGGAACACUCUUAACGUUAAAAUUUCUAGAUAAUCAAGUAUGUUCUUGAUUUUUUUCAUUAAUGUUGUGUAUUGGUGUAAAACUUAAUUUGAGAUUUGAAAAUAUAUCUCUGAUUUUCCAUGUUCACUAAUAAAAUAGGAUGAAUAUUUAAAAACCCAAGGUUUUAAUGCAAAGAAAGCUUUUUGACAACCGGCAUACAUUCUACUGUUCUUAUAAACUAAUUGUUUAAGUUAAUUAUCAUAAAAGUUGACUUAUUUGUUCUGAGAUCUUUAUUGUUAAUAUAAUUGCUACUUACAGCUAAACUUACAUUUUUUAUCCAAUCUUAUUUUUAUUGCUUUUUUUUUUUUUUUUUACAGAAUUUUCCAGAUAACGCAGAGGCUUCGAUGAUGGUUGGCCUGAGUGCUGAAAAUAAAAACAAGAAUCGAUACAAGAAUAUUUGUGCUGUUAAUAUAAUUGCUACUUACAGCUAAACUUACAUUUUUUAUCCAAUCUUAUUUUUAUUGCUUUUUUUUUUUUUUUUACAGAAUUUUCCAGAUAACGCAGAGGCUACGAUGAUGGUUGGCCUGAGUGCUGAAAAUAAAAACAAGAAUCGAUACAAGAAUAUUUGUGCAUGUAUGCUGUAACACGCUUUCGUGAUUAAAACAUAGUAAAUCUGAUAUUCAUACACAUAUAGCGAUUACAUUUUUAAAAUAAUAUUUUAAGAGUUAAACUUUUACUUUCCUUCCACUGUUAAUGACACGUCGAUUACUUCCGAUUCGCUUAUACUGAAGCGCCUCGGUUCAAGCUCAUCUUAUGUCAUAUUUCAAAUCAAAUGAAGUUUGUAACCAGUCCAACAAUGGGGAUAAUGCAUGAUUUAGAAGUGAUGGGUUUCAUUCUUGAGCUGUAUACGUCCUAGUAACUUCAUGUCUAAAAACUUAAUGAGUCGAGUAAUCUGACCUGAUUCACUCCUGAUGUUGGCAUUUUCUUUUGAUUUUUGUCCAUAGCAAAAUCGUCUUACGGGAUAGCCCAUAAAUCCUCAAACAUCCCAACUAAGCAAAUGUGGUGGUGGGGGUGGCAGUGUUGAUGAGGGUGGUAGUUGUGGAAAUUAAUCCUCUGGAAACAAAACAUAUGAAAAUCAACAGGAAUGAAUGGAUUUCAUCAUCCAAAUAAAUAAAUCCAUAGGUUAUCCACUUUGGAAACACGCUUGAAAAUACUAUAACUUGUUUGAUAUUUAAAAAUUGAGGAAACAAAUAUUGAAGAGAAAACUACAUAUUCCAACUAUUUACAAGCCAUGCCAGAACAUCUCCAAUGAUAUCCUCGUAGAGAAAUAAUUUUUGAACAAACAUGGCUUAGAAGAUACAUAAAAAUAAAAAAAAAACUGCAACCAAAUUUCAACUUUAAAAAGAAAAUAAUAUUUGGUUUUGGAGACAAAUUGUAUACCCACAUAAUCAUACACAAGCUUAACUAAACAUCUUAUGGUGGAAGAACGCGGAGCUAGAUUGAUGACAUCAUCAAUGAAAGAAAAUUAAGCCACUUUUUGUUAUUCGCUAGAAUGGUUUAUGGUAUAAGAACAACAACAUUUGAAACUGAAUCUUAAGAUUUCAAGACUUUGUAAUAGCAAGUUGGUAGCUGUAAUGACACAAGAGACAGAAAAAGCACUUGCUACUAAAAUAAGAUAGUUUUUUUUUUUUUCAAUAAAGAGACAGAAAUGUUAAAAGGGUAGAUGCUAUAUAUGAAAAUAUCUUCAGAUUGCCUCGAGCUCCAUCACUGACAAACAUUCCUUAAACAAUGAGGACUUAAAGAAUUAGUCAAAAUUAUGUCACGACAAAUGAACAAUAAUUCACACAAUUGUUAUUCGGAAUUUGACAAAAAUGAGGAAGUCACCUAUAGGUGAAAACAGCUACGCCGGGUCUUUCACGACGAAACAGAUAUCCAUAAAAUUUUAAAAAAAGCUAAACAUUCAGUAAAUAUAAAAUUGACAAGCCAAGACACAUCUGCGACAUAUCAAAGAGACCUGGAAGAAGGACAACGAAGUUGAAACACUAUUAAUUUAAUAGAUCUUAGUACAGAUAUGUUGUUUUUUUUUCAAAUUAUUUUACUUGAUAUUGAACAAAAUUAUUAAUAAACUAAAAAACUGUUUUUGAUAUUGCUUACACAAUUUGAAUUGACAUUUAUUUAAAUGUAAGUUUAUUAUUAGUUAUCCUGCAUGAAUGACUAUACAUAUUUGAUAUAUUUUUUAAUAAUAUCACUUUUAUGUAGAACAAAAUUUAAAAAAAAAAAACUAUUUUUCAAAACUGGUUAUCUUGUUUGUUGUACUUAAUUUACCAACAUACAUUAUAUAAAUAACUGACUAUUAUUUUAUUGUAUUCACAGACGAUCACUCGAGGGUUCACUUGGAAGCUGACUCGACGAAAAUGCACGGAGAUUACAUAAAUGCUUCCUACUUAAAAGUAAUUACUAUGUGCAACGUUUACUGAAUUAUCCGUACAGAAUAUCAAGUCAACCUUCUGUUUAUAUGGAGAAAAAGAUAGGCAUUUUGAAGAGAUGUUAUCAACUAUUAGCAGGCAAUAACUAAUAAAAGAGCAAAAGAGUGUACACCCCCUUGUCAUUAAUCAACCCACAACCUGGGACAAGUUCUAAGUAUUGUUUAAUUAGGACACUUACACUUUUACAUUUAAGCUCACACACCAAAGCAAAUACAUAACAAAAUAAAUAUUGAAUGUUGUUGUUUUUUUAAAAUAAAAAGUUUGUAUGUGAUUUGUAUGCUAUUGUUGAUCUACAUCGAUCUGAUUGUUUAUUAUUGUGCAUCCCUUUGACGCAAACCAAGCCGUUUUAUUAUUUAUAAUUUGAAUGUGUUCUUUUAUAAAUAGCUUCUUCUUUCUUUUCAAAAUUAAUUUAUACUUCAUUUAUUUCAUUAAAAUUGUCUGCGUCCUGUGAAAAACUGAAAAUUUUAUUAUCUUUUACAGGGAUACAAAGAGGAGGAGAAGUUUAUAGCAUCUCAAGGUAAAGAAAUAUUAAUGACGUCAGUUUGUUUAUAUUUUAUUCCAAUGUUAAACACAUUUUUAAAAAUUAAUAAACAUUGAAUAAUAAUCAAAUCAAAGCGUUGUAUAUUGUAUAUUAUAUAAUGGCCUUAUUAAAAAAAAAUGUUUGUUCAAAUUAACAUAUUUUAAAAAAAUAUAUAAUUUUUCUCUAAUCUCAAUAGGGCCAAACAAAAUUAUAAUAAAUGACUUCAUUAGAAUGAUUUGGGAGCAAAAAGUUGAAAAAGUUGUGAUGUUGACCAAUCUUUAUGAAGAGGGAAAAGUAAGUUGUUUUUUGUGCUAUAUUAAUUAUUAACAAACAUAUUGAAACAAACUUCCAGAAUGUGACUUCUGAUCAUUAUCUUUUAAAGGAUGCAAAAUGGUGCAUUCGUGAAAAAUUUGUAAACUUAACUAUAAUAAAUAUUAAAAAAAUAAUUGUAUUUAUAAAUAUUUGCUUUCAACAAUUGACAGUUAUCACCCACAUUAUUAGACUGCCGUUAAUGUUUGUGAGCUAAACAAUUUAAAAACAAAUUAAAUUUAAACAAAUCAGUGCAAAAUAGGCUAUACAUAUGUACGGGCUUUAUAAUUCAGUUGGGUGCGUAAACACUAGAACAUAACAUCCAAACAAAACACAUCAAAGACGAGCUCUUCGCGUCAAUGAAGCCCUUUUACCUCUGAUGGUUACUCAUCCAAGAAAAUAAAAUAUAAACCACACGUCCCCACUAACUUUGCUUGGGUGGGAGGACAUCCCAAAAGCUUACCUGUAUUAAAUAAAAUUGGCCUUUUGACUUUUCCUUAGGAACAUCUGUUCUAUGGAGUGCUGGGAUAAACAGCGUGUAAAUACUUUAUUCUUAUAUUUGAAUUCGCUUUGCUAUAGUUAAGUGGUCAUCAAAGGAACUAGUCAAGAGAGCCAAAAAUCAGUGGCAGGACGAUGAAAAAAAAAAAUUGAGAGCCGAAUUUCUUUUCAAGAAACCGUAAAGAACCUCGUUUUAGGAGUCAAAACCGAUUUUUUGCUGGCUGGACGAGACACACUCAGGUCGAUAAAAAAGUCGAAUGCCGCUCACGAGCCGCGAUUUUCCGACCAAUGGUCUAGUUUCUAGGGAAAUUUUUUCUUAGUAAUUAUUCUUACAGCAAGAAAUUUUAUUAAACAUGAUAAAACGUAACGUUUCUCGAAUACAUUUAGUGACAGCAAUUUACUGAAUCCUCUUUUAAUGCCAUGUUUCGUCUUAUCAAAAAAUAUUUUUUUUACAUAAAAUUGGUCGAUUUCGAAUCAUCCAAAUACUUAAUUUUACCUCAUUUAAUGUAACAAGUCCAAGUGUGACCCAUAUUGGCCAGAUAAAGGUGAGACGACAUUUGGAGAAAUACGUGUCAGACUGGCUGCUACACAAGUCUUUGCUGAUUAUAUUAUAAGGCGUCUUCAACUUUACAUGGUAAGCUAAUGUGUGACACUGGUGUAUUUAUUUCAUCAUGAUAAAUAUAUUUUUUUUCUUUGUAAAUGUUGUAGAUUUAUUGUAUAGUCAACCAACAUAACAUUUUAAAGAGGUUUUUUAUAUUAAUCCUUUUAAAUGCACAUAUUAUUAUCUUAUUUGAAUAUUCGUAUGUCCCACCAGCUUUUACACCAACGAUGUAUUUCACUAUUUCAGAAAAACAAUUGAAAAUAUUACGCAACAAACGCACCUUUGAUAUUUUUGUUGAAAAAACUCAUUUAGCGCAGUUAUCAGGACUUUUAUCUUGUGAAAUCAGUGGCAUCAUUUUUUUCUUCAUCUUCCUCUUGAAAAACGGGGAAAAAACAGAUUUUAAGGGUUGAACAUAAUAAUAAGUUGAACUUUUUUUGGCAUCAGCUAACAAUCAUAUCCACAAAUCCAGGACUCCCAACCAAUGCAUCCAGUGACCCAGUUUCACUUCACAUCCUGGCCAGACAAGGGUGUACCAGAAAACCCCUGGGCUCUAGUUGACUUUGAACAAAGAGUGGCGGCAACUGCAACCAAAAGGCCCAUUGUGGUUCACUGCAGGUUGGCAAAUAUUUUUUAACAUAACCUUUUGACAUCUGUAAUUAAUGUUGGGUGGGCUAUUGUAAUGAGUGAUAUAGAACAUUUCAUUUGGGUAGUGGAGAAAAUGUUUCCUUGUAAUAGAAAAUAAAACAGCUAGGUUUUUUAAUAUACAAAUCCUAAAUUGAAGUUUUUUUAUGCAAAAAAUGUGCUAAAGUAAAACGGUGAUUAAAGUUUAAAAAUUUAAAAUUUCUCUACAUGGUAAAAUAUAUCUUUUAUUGUUGAGACUAUCAUUUUCAAAUAAUGAAAAAAGAUAUAAUCUCCAAGUCCGUUCUUUGUUCAAACAACUUGACCUUACGUUACAAUAUUUCAAAAAAGUUUAUUGCAUAUGAUGUAAAUAAUAACUUAGCGUUUAUGUUUUCCUCCAUGUCAGUGCUGGUGUUGGCCGUACAGGAACAUUCAUAGCUCUACGUAACGUAAUGAGAGAAGCUGAGGAUACACAACAGAUGGAUUUUUUCAAUACAGUGGCCAAACUCAGGCAGGACAGGACGAUGAUGAUACAGACAGCUGUGAGAUAUUAGAACAUCACAUCCUUAACAUGUCUUAUGUGCUAAUUUUCCUUAUGUGCUGUAUAUAGUGUAUUAUAUAAUAUAACUUAUUUCUAAUGAUCUUACAUUUUUUAUAAACACAUGUACGGGAAUUAAUUUGCUGAAUGAAAACAAAACUAAUCUAUCUUGAUACAAUGAUGAUCAAAGAUGCUGAAGAAAAUCCAAUUUUGUUUGCAAAACUUAAAUAAAAGAUUAGCACCUUCCUUAUAAUUUUAGGUACUAUGAGAUAUACCAUAUUUGCAAGCUUAUGUAUUUGUGGAUAAAAUUUUAGCAUAAUUUACAUUUAUGACCCUUUUGAAUAUUGAAUUGUUACUAGAUGCUGGGUUACCCUUAAGUAACAAAAGAACGAAAACUGUCCGAAACUUGGAAAUAUCACUAUACUCUUAUGGAUAUGAUGUUUAUAAUAUUUCAGGAACAAUAUGUAUUCUUGCAUGAGGCUGCCAAGGUUGCAAUGACCUGUAUAAAUACAACUAUAACAUCCAAUAAUAUUGCUAACAGGGUUCAUCAAUUGGAGAAAAAGUCCAUCUCUGGUACAUCUGAAAUGGAAAAAGAGUUUGAUGUAAGUUUUUAGACUAAAGCUACAUACAAUGAAGGUUGGCAGUGACACAUUCUAAUUUGCUUUAUUUGUCCCAAAUUAACAAUUUUCAAUGAGAAGUUUAUAUAAUAAGUGUAAGAAGUUAUUUUAUUUUUGGAUUUUAUUUUUGAAGAUUCUCUUGCUUGCUGAUGUAUUUUGUUUUUAUUAUUAAAUGACUAAAACCAAUGACCUAGUUUCAGUGGCUAUAAAUCAUUUCGUAUUUGUUCUUUUUUUAAGAUUAGCCUUUAAAUUUGAAAUAGUAUGAUUUUGCUUAAGGACAAACAAACUUUUUAUAGCUGUAAUCUUUGCGUUAUAUAUAUAGGCAGUAUGCAGUGUGUGUUUGGAGGAAAGUCAGUUUACAGAUGAAGAAGGUUCAGCUGGAAUCAUGUACCAAAACAGUCGAACUGUCUCCAAUAAACUCAAAAACAGAUUUGGUAACAUCCUGCCAAGUAAGCUUGUAUAGUUAUAGUAAAAAUAGCACAAUGCAGAGCUUCUUUAACAAGGGUGUUGUUGACAGUAUCAAGGGGGGCUGUUAAAUAGAAAAACAGGACAUUUUACAUUUUUUCUUUGCAUUGAUUAUGGUGAAGAGUACAUAACAUAUGUUCUAAAAUCAAGAAAUGGAGGCGGACAUUUAAAAAAAAAAAUAAUGUGCGUUUGCACUGCAAAAGGUUAAGAACUCCGCUGAUAAAAUCAAACAAAAAAAUAAGCUAAAGUUUUUUUAAGUCCCCUUUUCUUACAUACUUAUGAUUAUUUGAAUAUUUCCAACGUAUGUAAAAUGAGAAAAAAUAUAUCAACUCUGCAUAAUCAUUAUUUUUUAAUAACACUUUUGUUAUAAAUGAAAAUUUCGGUAAGUGUAUUUAUUUUUAUUCACUUUAGAGGAAAUUUACAGGCCUGUACUCAUGUGUGAAUCCAGUGACAUGGACAAUUACAUCAAUGCUGUGUUAACACCGGUAAUUAAAUUCAUAUGUUUUCAAAGUUUAUACGCUGACUACUGUAAGAAGUAAUUUACCCAUAUUUUGUAGAAACAUUUAAAUGUAGGCCAAUACGUGUCUUAAUGAUACAUCUUAUCAUAUUCAUAUUAAAUUUUGAGAUAAUAGAAAAAAAUAAGUACUUUAUAAAUAAUGAUUAAUAUGGGAUGCUGCUUUUUCAGAGUAUCAGACAGAGAAAGCAAAAUAUCAUCACACAACUUCCACUCCCAACAACAGUGGUGGACUUCUGGCGUCUCAUUACUCAGAUGAAAAUUUCUCUAGUUGUUGCAUUUGAGGAAGAGUUACAGGAUAAAGAUUCAGUAAUUUUAAUAUUUUUUUAAAUGUAUAUAUUUACUCUCAUUGAUCUGUAAUGUAUACUUAUGUUGCUAGCUUGAGUUUAAUGUAACGAAUUCAGGUUAAAAAGUAUUAAAUGAAGACAUCGGUCCUUUAUUUUUGCAUAUUAUUCAGUUUUACACUAGCAGUAGAAGUUCACUCAUUGAUUUCUAGCAUUCAAAUAUACAUCAGAAACUCCGCAAAUAGCCGAAUAUUUCCGCUUCAAAGUCGAGUUGCGUUAAAAAAAAAUUAGCUAUAGCCCUUAUUUUUUUUAGUAAUUACUGGAGUUCAUAUUAAAUGUGAUGAAAAAUUAUUGAGUAUUAUAAAAAAUUUUAUUAAAUUAAAUAGUACAACUUUUUCUAACCAUUAUUAAUUUUAAAAUAUUUUUUGAAGUCUAAAAUUAAAAAAGCCAGCAGUAUUUCGUUCAGGAAUCUCUCUGACCCCUCGCAGGAACGUCUCUCCUCAAGAGGGACGAAACUAUGACUGAGCCAAAAAAAUACACAGGAACGUGUACCACUACAAGAGUGAAUUCAGGUUACUUGCCGUAACGCGCUGAUUAAUGCCCUGCCUCCACCCCAUCCAAUUAAAUCUUUAAAUUUUCAGUCUCAAUAAAAAUGUCCUUAAAGAAGAACAAAUUCAGUUAUACGCCAAAAUGCACUUCUUGUUUUUGAACUUAUCAAAUGGCCCAGACCGCUUCCCACUUUCUAUUGUGGGAUGUCAGCCAUCUUGAUUUCUGUCAUAUCGGUAACCAAAAAAUAAGAGUCUCAGCAUACUUUUAACUACCAAAAACAAAACAAAAAAACAACAAAAAAUAAAAAAAUACAAACUAAAAAACAAAAUAAAAUUUAAAAAAAUUAGCUGGGAUCAAAAGCAUAAACUAAUGCAGCGGUUCCCAAAAAGUGUAAACAAACCCUUGGGGGCAGGUUGGUGAUCUUAUGGCCUACGUAAUCAUUUUCGACCAUCUUCUCUAGAUGUCCAAAUUAUAAUUUUCUUUAUUUAUCAAAAGCUAAUAGUGAAUGUUUAUAUUUGUUUGAAAAGUAAAGAUCAUGCUGUUCUAAUUACCAUUUAGACAAUAGGCGAGUAUCUGCCAACCAGUGACAAAGAAAAAGCCAGCUUCCCUCCAUUUCAAGUUAGUAUGGGAACAUUGCAGCAAAGCUCUGACUGGGAAGAAAGAAAGCUGAUUGUAACUACCUCAAAUGUAUGUUGUACUAUAAUUUUUUCAACUUUAACAAAUAUUUUCUAAUGCGAUGCUAACAAUAGUGUACUGCAGCAAUGAAGCUUAGGAGCUAAAAGAGAUAUCCAAGAAUAGAUUAGAAACAAAUGUGCCCCUUGAUAUGAGUUUAAUAGGAUUGCAAUCAUAAUUUACAAUUUACAAUGUCUGUAAAAUGACAUCAUUUAUAUCAUAAUUUUUCUGUUUAUUGUUUGCUAUCAUUAUAUAGGACACGGAGGAGCACAGCCUCAUUCACUUCAGAUACACACAAACUUCUACAGAUCCAAAGCAAUUGUUGCCAUUUAUCAAACAAACAAGGACAUACGAUCCAAAGCAGGAUGCCAGGACUUUGUACAUGUGCAGGUUGGUUUAAAUCACAUUAACUUUUAUAAAUAUAAGGAACCACUAACAUGUGGGUAGGUAGGUUAUUUAUAGAUAUGCAUUGAAUAUUUUCAUUCACAGGACAUAGUGGUAGUAUUGUCAGCCCAUCUUUUUGUCUUGCAGAAACGGUGCUACAUUCAGUGGUCUGGCCUGUGUCUUGACUCUCCUACUGGACAGAAUGGACAAUGACCAGCGCCUGACUGUUCCACUCGUCGUUGGUGCCAUCAAGACUAUCCGCACUCAGGUCAUCCCAACUUCGGUAAUAAUACUGUUUUACUCAAUAACUAAGCGUAGCCGAAAUGUGUAUUACAUAAAAAUAAAUUAGAUCUAAACAUGAACAUUUCUUGCUUUUAAAAAAAAAAUAAAUAAUAUAUUAAAAUUCUUAAGAACUACGAUGUUGACAUUUUAGAAAUUUUCACGGAUUAAAAAAAUAAAAACAACAUAUAAUCCAUGCCCACUUGUUAUGGACGAUUUUUGUCUGUUAAAUAUUUUACUUUUCUAAAAAUGUUUUAUUUUAAUAUAUCAAGAAAAGACGAUACUGUAUUAUUGCAAUUUGGUAUAUUAAUUGAUCUUAUGAAUUAUAAAAAGGCAGUUUGAUCGAUGAAUAGAUUUUAAAUAGAUUUUUGGUCAGUCAGCGAAUGGCCUGAAAAAUUAUGUUUAGAAAAAAAGUUUGUGUGUUUGAAACAUUUUGAUCGUGAACAAAAUAACAAAAAGAAGACCCUUGUAGGUCUAUGUGACAGCUGGAAUAAUAUAUAUAAGGACAUUAAUUGUCAUUGGUGAAAGAACGAUCCUUAAAAAUGUAUAAAGAUAUUUUUUUAAACAUGUGAAGUUUGACUUGUAGAUUUAUCGAUGACGCAAGGGACUACGUUGUAGCCGAUAGCAUGAAAACCGCAGAACUAGCUAUGUGAAAACUUGACAUAAAAGACAACAACCUGAAAAUAUCCUGAAAAUGUCUGCUGUUAGCUUUCACUGGCAGACGAAGGAAUAAGGAAGAAAAUAAAAUGAGAAACAUUUUCGAUUUCCGUGGUUUUAGUUUCAAUUUUUUUUAUUGCUGUUUCCGCUCAAAGGCUCGCUUUCGUUUGGUCAAUUCUAAAUCCGCCAAUGCAACCAUGGCUUUGAAAUAUAGCAUGCGUUAGCUCUCUAAUUUUUACCAUACGGAGAAAUGGAUUUAUUAAGGUCCCUGCGGAUCUGGAUAAAGACUGGGUACGGGCUGCAAAAGGACACUUAACUACCUAUGCAUUGACAACAACCAUAGAAAGUGAUGGUUCGUUUUUGUACCCAUCUCCGGCUGCGAUACUUUGAGCCUCGUGAUCUAAAGAACUUAAAAUGUAGUGAGAUGACAAAAAUGAACGAAGACAAUUAAAAUACAGAGAGUCAUACUACCUCUACAUGCAGUGUUUUUCAACCUUCGCAAUGGCGCGACGCUUCAAUACAGUCCCUCAAGUUAUGUCAAUCCCCAACGAUAAAUGCAUUCUCGAAGAUACUUCAUAAAUAUCUGUAUUCCGAUGGCCUUCGGCGACCCCUGUGUAAGAAACGUUCAAACCCCCUAAAGGGGUCUCCAACCACGGAUUGAGAACCUAAGUUGUUUUUUAAGCCAAAAAUAAAAACAAAAACAAUUUGCAUUCACAAUAAAUAUUUUUGUAAUGUUUUGGUUUAUUGGAGAACAAAUUCAUUAACAUUGCAAUUGCUGAAAUUAAAUUGUUAAAAGUAGAAAUUAUUUUAAUGGCUGACAUGUUUCCCAUACGAUGACAUUUAACUUUGUAGCUUUUCGACUCCGUUUCAAGAUACAUAUUUUCGGUGUUCAUUCAGCGCUUCAACUGACUCUAGGCUACUUAACGCUGUGGUCGGCAAACUCAUGAGUCAAAAAAGCCAAAAAUCAGCAGCAGGACGAUUGACAAAUUUUUGAGAGCCAAAUUUAUUUCAAGAACCAUCAUUUUUCGCAGUUUGUUUAAAGUAGCUGCUAAAAACUUAACACAACCAACAAUAAUAAUGUAAUAAAAAAUGUAUUUAUUUAUUGACACAAAAUUACAAAACACACAUUAAAGCCUAAAAUCAACAAGAUAUUAUAACAAUAAUCUUAUUGAAAAAAAAAAUGAAUUUAAUGUGAAUUGUAAGCUUGCAUUUGCUUGGAAGGUUUUGAUAUGUCUGGUUUGUAUGUUGGUUGUUUUUAAAUUCCAGCCGAAUUACAGAGUCUCAUCAGUAACACGAUUUCUUAAUUUACUCUUGAUGAGGUCCAUGCUUGAAAAUGAUUGUUGGCAUGAAUACGCAGAACGUAAGUGCCGCACUCUGGUCGCUAAAGAGCCGCAUGUUUUACCGACCACUGAUUUACCGGAUUAGAAAUGCAUUAUUUUCAUUUUUUUUCAUUCACCCCUGUGUGGAUCUUUACUUGAACACAUUAAUAUGGGGAAAUAGGAUGAGAGACUUGAAUUGAAACAUGUUCACGGCCAUAAAUAAAACAACAGGUUCUUAUGGGUAUAAAUACACUUAUGUAUGGGUUUUAUGAUUGUUUUUUUUUUUAGCGGGGAGUGGGGGGGGGAGGUUACAAAUCUUGGUUCCUAGUACAAUGACCCAAGGUAUGCCCGUAGCUUUUAUUAUUUAUAUAAAAACUUUGUUAGUUAUUUUGUAUUUGUUCUGCAGUUUUAUUGAUACACAGCUGUAAUGUUAACAAUAUUUUUUUCCUUCAAUUUCUUUCUUUUUUUUUUUUUACAAUACCCACUUACUGUUAUCGUUUAUAAACAUUUGAAAUAUUUGUUUUUACAUGCAAUGUUAACCACCUGAUCUUCCUCAAAACAAUUAAAGCUUUCACUUCAAAAUUUGGAGACCUUAGUUUUAUUUUUUGACAGCGUUUGAUAAUGUAACGUGUAUUAAAUAAUAUUUUCAUCAUUUUACAAAUAGACAGAUAAAAGGGUGAGAAUUGUGCAUGAUCGUAUGAAUAGCAUAUUAAAUUUGUCUAUAUAAACAGUUAGCUCUUACUUUAAAACUAUUUAGUCGAAUACCACUACAUUUUACUUUUCUUGAUCUUUUAGGAACAAUACAAGAUUCUUUAUCAGGUUCUACAAAGGUAUAACGAAACCAACAGCGUCUACUACAACUUCAGUGAAACCAAAUUGUCAGUUGUACCAAAUGAUGAUGCCAAAGAAAAUAUAGUAUAUUCUGGGAAUGAAGGCACAGAAUAUGCCAAUUCAAAGGUGUGACUCAUACAAGAUAGUCUCGCAUCUUCCAAUGAUCAAAAAAUAAUUCACAAGAUUAAACUAAUGUUAUUAUGAUGGGCUACUCUUUGACUUUAAGAUAUAUAUAGCUGUUUUGAAAAAAGACUACUUUUGAUUAAAAAUUGUUUUUAAAGUGGAUUGUGAGAACUUCUAAAAUAAUCAGACUGAUCUGGUUGAUUGUUGUUUUUCAUUUUAUGCGUGUGCCUACUAACAACAUACGCUUUAUAAAUGUGUUCUUCUAACUCAAAGUCUUGAAAUAUAUUAUUAUGUUGGUUUUAAUUUUUUUUUUUUUUUUUUUAACUUUUUAGACUGAUGGUUUUUAUUUUAUCCCAGAAUUCAACUGCAACACGUUAAUUGUUUACAUUACUUUUAUUUAGUAUGGCAUCUCAUCUAUGUAAAUUUAAAGUCUUGAAAUAUAUUAUUAUGUUGGUUUUAAUUUUUUUUUUUUUUUUUUAAACUUUUUAGACUGAUGGUUUUAAUUGUAUCCCAGAAUUCAACUGCAACACGUUAAUUGUUUACAUUACUUUUAUAUAGUAUGGCAUCUCAUCUAUGAAAAUUAUUUCUCUUAUAUCAGAUUUUUACAUAUUAUAUAAACUAUUCAUCUACGAUCAGUUUACAUAUAUUUUUAUUUUAAUUUAAUACACACAGUAAAUAUAAAGCUGUAAUCAAUCAUAACAACUAUUUUUUUUUUAUUUCAUUGAUUCAUGUUUUACUGCUUUCAUUUUCAAAUCUAAACUGGGAAAAUAUAUAUAUGCAUAAAUGAUUGCAAUAAUUUCUUAAUAAUAUAAAAAUUUGAGCUAAAUAAAUAAUAUAAAAAUUUGAGCUAUAUUUAUACUUGAUAUUUGUUAAGAUUGCAAUUAAAUGAAUGUGAUAUCAAUAAUUAUUACUUUGACACCUUAUUAGAAAAAAAAAUCCAAGUAUUUCCUUUGAAAGUCAGUCUCCCCAGUCCAUCUCUCGAACACGUUCACAUUGAAAGCAUUCGUGGGAGGCACUUUAAGCUGUAGAAUAUUCUGACAGAAGUUGGAAAAUAAGACAUAACUUACGGGCAAACCUGAAAUAAGUCUUUAAAAAGCAAACGUAUCAAGAAGCCUUCUUUAGAAAAUUUUUUUUAUAGGAUUUAAAAGGGUUAAAAAAUAACAUAUCUUAUGUUUUUACCUUGUUUACUUAAAAUUUAUGAAAGUUACAGACGUGGAUUUUACCCUGGAAACAUAAAAUAUCAAAUUACCUUUGUUCUAAAUUAAUUUUCUCGGAACUUUCUUAUGAUUACGUAUGGUAGCUGAUCCUCAAUAUUUCUAAGACAUUUUAUAUUUUAAAAAAAACCUUCAAACCCAUGUGCUAUUUUUCCUAUCAUGUUGAUAGUUCAGCAAACGGAUAUAUCUGUCAGUAUAAUGAUGGUGUACGGUUUUAGUUUUACUUUGUUGGUCAAAUUUACUGUAAACUAUUUAUUUGAAAUAUGUCAGAUCCCGUACAAACUCUAUUUUCAAUUUUAUUUAGAUAACCAUGUAGGAUUUUGGACUGCUAAUGCAGUGACAGGGGGUAAUAUGUAGGAUUUUGGACUGCUAAUGCAGUGACAGGGGGUAAUAUGUAGGAUUUUAGACUGCUAAUGCAGUGACACGGGGUAAUAUGUAGGAUUUUGGACUGCUAAUGCAGUGACAGGGGGUAAUAUGUAGGAUUUUGGACUGCUAAUGCAGUGACAGGGGGUAAUAUGUAGGAUUUUGGACUGCUAAUGCAGUGACAGGGGGUAAUAUGUAGGAUUUUGGACUGCUAAUGCAGUGACAGGGGGUAAUGCUCCUGCCUGAAAAUUUCCCAUAAUAUUGAUUUCGAACUACAAGAAUUGUAUCACAAUCGGGUCAAAUAUGUGUAAUAAUUUUGCAAAUAUGUUAAAUUAUUUGAAAUAUUAAAUUAAUUAACUUUAAUUGAUUGCUAGUUACAUUCAUGUUCAAUAUGUAAGUAGUAAGUAAGGACGUUUAUUAAAAUAUAUAUUAAAAAUUCACCCAUAUAUCCAAAAUAAAUGAAAUCAUCACUGCGUGUACAUUUCAUAUAAUCUUUAUCAAUAGUUUUUCAUUUUCUGUGGCAACAAAUGUUAAUUAACAAAAUUUGGCGUGCGUUAAUCUAGUUAAUUUGACACUUCUUAGCGCCAUUAGGAAGUGACAUAUUGUGUCGUGCAUUUAAUGUAGCUGUAACGUUGUAUUUCUAGUCUGUUUUUCGUGCACGUGCCAUUGGUUUGACAGUUGAAGUCCGAGCAUAGCGCGAGACGGUUGUACUAUAUUCUUAUAAGUAGAGCUAGCUGCAUUAUACAUGUGUUUGAUUCAUUGUACACCCUGAAUAUGGA